AUGAAAGUAGUGGAAACUAAUAGUACAUUAUUUCCGACAUUCAAUGAUGAUGAUCUAAUUACGAUUUUGCAUAAUGUGCAAGAUAUAUAUGCUGAAGAGCCGAUAAUGCUGCAAUUCAAUUUGUCUAAAAGUGGAUUAGUGGUUGUUGGUGAUUUACACGGUGACCUUUAUUGUUUAUUAAAUAUAUUAUCCAAAAACGGUUUUCCACCAAAUACAAAAUAUCUAUUUUUAGGUGAUUAUGUUGACCGUGGAUUAUAUCAAGUACAGCUAAUAUUAUUUAUAUUUUUAAUGAAAUUACGAUGGCCAAAUUAUAUCACAACACUAAAAGGCAAUCAUGAAGAUUAUCAAUGCGGCAAAGAAUAUGACUUUUAUAAUGAAUGCUUACGCAUGUUUAAACAAGGUCAUCGGUGGUUUACACUCAUUAAUCAUGUAUUUGAUCAUAUGCCCGUUUGUGCAAUUAUUUCAAAUCAUUUCUUUGUUUGUCAUGGCGGAAUUUCACAAUGGAUGACAUGUCGAAGCAAUUUACAAAAUAUUCCAAAACCAACUUAUACUAGCGAUAUGCAUUUUGUUGAAGGUGUAAUUCUUGCCGAUCUUCUUUGGGCCGAUCCAAUUCCUGAACAACGAAAAUGGUUUGCUUUAAGUCAGCGAAAUUGCGGUUAUUCAUUCAAUCAGAAUGCUUUAAAUAUUGUUCUUGAUGCGCUAAAUGUUAAAACUUUAAUUCGUGGCCAUGAAUAUUAUCCCGGUGGUACUGCUCGAAAUUUUGGCAAUGAUACGUGUUAUACGGUACACAGUACUACCGAUCCUCAGGGAUUGCACGAUCCAUUUAGUGGAACAUUAAAAUUGGAAAAAGUAGGUGGUACAUUUGAAGUAUUUGAAAUUAAUCAAUUAAUACCACGAAAUGCCGAAGCGAAUCAAUUAGCUCAUAAAAUGCAAGUAGAACUGCAGCGUGCAUUUCUUCCAACAAUCAUUUCAUAUAAUCAUCGCAUGAAAUGUCGUUGGUGUGAACAACCAUAUCCACUUUACGUAACACGUCGUAAACGUUGCUUUUCAUAUUCCGACAUAUUGAAUUAUAUGAUGAAGAAUGGAAAGUUAAUCUUAUUCACUGAUAAAUUAAUCAUGAGAUUAAUUUGGAGAGGAACAUUUUGGAGAAGUAUUUCAGCAAUGAGACGUGCAAUCGAUUUAUUUCCAAUAACAAAUGAUAUUAUCUUUGGAAGACCAUCAGAUGAUAAUAUUCCAAGAGUUUUUCGUGUUUGUGUACUGGAGGAAGAGUUUGAACUAAUGAAGAAGGUAUACAAAGCAAGCGGAAAAAAUAUCGAUAAUGUAACAAAGCCAAAUUUCUGGAAUAUUUCUGAUGUUAACAAAGAGCUUCAAGCACCUCCAUCACGAUUUCAAAAAUUCAAAAAACGAAUUAAACUUGCAAUGGGAUUAGAGCCACAGAAAUUGAAUUUCGAAAAUAUGAUGGCAAAACCAACUGCUUUACCGUUACUUUCAUUUGAUACAAUUAACGAUAUUGAUGAAAUUGAAGGAAGAAUGCUUAAUGUUGCAACCGGUCAAGAGGUCAAUGAUAUCGAUGAUGAAAUUGAAAACGUACCGUAUGAAAAUACCGAAUUGAUACGAUCUGAUCAUUUGAUACCAUCAAAUUCCACUACCUUUUAUCGACAUAUGCGGAAAACAUCGUUUAAUGAUAUCCAAAAUACUUCCAAAUUUUUUGGUCACUUCAAAAAUCAUCAAUAA